AUGCCCGGCGGCAUGCCUGGCCAGGGCAACCCGCAAAUGAACAACUCGAUGCAGCGUCCGCAGCCCGGCAACAUUGGCCAGCAACUGCACGCCAAAAUCAUGGACGAGCUUCGUCGCUCGGCACCCUCGCUCGGUGCUGGAUGGCAAGCCAUGCUCGAUCAUCGAGAGCGUGCCAGCAGAAUAAUGCAGCUCAUCACCCAACUUCGCCAGAUCAACGCCGAUGUCUCAAAGUGUUUCGGAAUCGCCGUCGCGUGGGAGUUAAAGGUGAUCUCGUCCUCGAGCACGAAAGACCAGUACCUCGAACAGAUGGCGGGAAAGAUGAGGGACAUCACUGCGAAGAGACAACAAGCCGUCGGACAGAUGAACAUGCCUGGGAAUAUGGGCGGCAUGAUGCCAAACAAUAUGAUGAACAUGCCAAACGGCAUGAUGAACGCGCCUAAUAUGCAGAACAACGGCAUGGGCAAUAUGAACUUUCAGAAUGGCGGAAACAUGGGCAUGCAGGGCGGUCGCAUGCAGCAAGGCCAGAAUCAAAUGGCUCAACUCCAACGCCAAAUGCAAGCGUCGCCUCUACCGAUGCAACCGCAACCGCAGCAGCCGGGCACCCUCGACCCGUCCACUUUGCAGAUGCCACAGCAAGGCAAUCAGCAACCCCAACAGCCUCUACCAAAUCAGCAAGGUCAGAACAUGGGACAGCCCAACCAACCUCAACAGCCCAACAUGGCCCAGGGCGGACAAGGGAAACCAGGAGCAAUACAGCAGGAGAUCAUUCAGCUGGCCAAGCAGAUGUCUGAUAGGAUGCCACUGGAACAAAAAGCCGAGAUUCGUGCCAAGUUCACUGCGACUUUGAGCGCUGAGCAGAAGAGUCAGUUGCAGAGCCAGAAUACCGAUCCUCUAAUGAGAUUCUUCUUUCAGCGCGCACAAGCAGAGGUUCAGAAGCGGCGGCAGCAAAUGGGUGGGAUGCAAAACAUGAACAAUGGCAACAUGAAUCAGAUGGGCAAUAACGGUCCACCACGACCGCCUUCUCAGGCCAGCGGACAAAACAUCGACUUCUCCAGCAUCAUGGGUCAGCAGGCCAACGCCAUGAAGUUGCAGGACGCUGGCGAACAAGUCGUCCCCGCAAGCAACAACAACAACGGAAACAACGGCAACAUGAACUUUGGCAAUGGCAUGAAUAUGCCACAAAAUGUCAACCCCCAGAUGCUCGCAAACAACAACAACAACCAGGGCCAGCAAGGAGGCAAUGGCCAGAUGAAUCAAAACCAGCUGCAAUUGAUGAUGAUGCAACAGCGUGCGAAUGCGAACCAGGAACGCAUGAACAAGCAGAUGAUGGCGCAGCAGCAUGCGAUGGCUUCUCGUCAGCAGCAUUCGCAAUUGCAAGGUCAACCGGGUGGCCUCCAUACACCCAACGGUUUUGGAGGUGGCGCCAACGGACAGAUCAAUAGCCCUGCGAUGUCGAUGCUCAACAGACCCAUAGUGCCACCGGGCCAGACGACCCCUGGCACGCCCCAACCCAACCGACAACAACAAAUGCCCUCCACACCGAUGAACAAUGGAGUCAGCCAGCUCCAGCAGCAUCACCAGAACAUGCUGAACCAGAACAAUCAACAACAGCAAGCGAACCAAGGUCUCAACCAGCAACUCACUCCCCAGCAAUUCCAAGAGCUUCUGCAGCGUGUCCCACCGCAAUUCCGCCAACGACUCAGUCAAUUACCCCAAGAUAAGGCACAAGAGAUGCUUCAGAAGUUCCACGCACAGAGCAUGCGGCAAAGGCAGCAGAAUCAGCAGAACAUGCCAAACAACAUGAACGGCAUGAACAUGGGUCCACCGCAACAGGGCAAUCAGCAGCAGCCAAAUGGCAUGCCACAACAGAACAUGGGCAACGCGGUUCCUGGCUUCAACUCACAGCCACCACCAAACCAAAUGAACAUGGACCCAGCAGCGCAAUUGCAGCAACGCAUGCAACGAGAACAGCAGAUCAAGCUAAGGACGCAGGCGAUGGACAUCAGACCAUUCCCGAAACCAGUCCUGACGCAACUGGGCAUCGCAGUACCACCGAACGUGCAGCUUUGGGGCCAUCUCAAGCAGCAUGUCUUGCAAAACUCCCCUCAAGGCACCAUCGAGAAGGUCAAUCAGCAGCAGGCCAUCUGGUUCCAGCAACACCCUGAGGAGUUCCAAGCUGCAAUGGCGGCUAUGAUGGCAAGGGUGCGGAUGGGCUCAGGAAGUCAGCCUGGCCAACAAAUCCCGCCCGGCCAGCAGGGUCCGCCAGGGCCAGGCCCAAAUCAGCAGCCAGCACAGCAAAACGGUGCGGUGCAUCCACCUGCGAGCAUGCCGGAUCGACCAGCUCCACCAGGACAAAUGGUGCCUCCUGCGCCAAUGAUGCAGCCGCAAGGCCAGGGCGGACAGCCUAACGGCAAUGGUAAUCAAGGGCCACGUCCAAUGCCACCAAACAUGCCCACCAUCACUCCACAAGAGCUAGCAAUGUUCCGCAGCAAGGUCCCGCAGGCGGCCGGCAUGUCUGACGAUCAGAUAAGGCAAGUUCUCAUACGUCAAAAGUUGGACAAGAUGAGACAGCAACACCAAUUGCAGAAGCAGGGCCUGCAGACGGCGCAGAUGCAGAAGCCACCCGGACAGGCUGGUAACAACACUGCAAACAUGAACAUGCCCCAGCAACCCACUCCUCAACCUCCUGCAGCACAAGCCGCUAUGGGUCAGCCGAAGGCUCAGCAACAACAGAGCAACAACGAUGUCGUCGAGAUCUCAAGUCUUCCAGUAUCACAGGCAGCACCGCAAGCACCGGCAAUGCAAGCCAGCCAAUCACAGAACCAAGGACAGCAAGCACAACAGCCUCUCAACAAACCUCUUACCAAGGAACAGAUUCAGGGAUUGAGCGAGAAAGAUCGGCAGGCGUACCUCACGAAAAUGCAACGAACGGUGCAGAUGGAGAAUCUCCGCAAAGCACAAGGCCAAAUGGGCGGCGGCAAUGGUCAGAAUGGCACCACAGGGCAGCAGCGGCCAGGAAUGACACAGGCCCACGUCGAAAAGAUCAAGAGCUUGCAGGCAGAGGUCACACGAACAUUCAAAAGAGGGAAUCCAGUCCAAUGCGAUGCCAUCACUAUUGAGAAGGCCAAGAUCAUGCUCAAGAAGCUGUUUCACCCUCUUCAGCAGAUCAGCCAGACAUUCGGCGCUGCUCUCAAUCUCGGCUUUGACGACGACGUUUUGAAGCGCCUUAUGCGGGCGAUACUUGUCGUCACGUCAAACGCGAUGGACGCCAGUGGCAACAUCAAAGAUUACCUGUCCGUCUCGCUUGAGGAGCUCACUGAGACUGAGAGACUUGUAGCCGGCUAUAUGACCGAGCUCAAGCGUAGGAAGGAGCAAAGCGAUAGCAUCAGACAACAAGCAGCCAGCAUGCAGGCUCAGGGGGGCAAGCCGCAGCAGGGAACACCCACGCCAGGUAUGGCUCGCACUGCCUCGCAGCAGAACCAUAUCCGCAAGGCCUCGGCCAGCAACAAGGCACCGCCAGCUCCCACAGACAACAAGACAUUCGACUGGGCCGCUCCAAGUCCUCAUGGUGUGCCCAAGUACGAGAUGGGACGAAAUGAGCUCACUCCCGACAAGCUCAAGUUCCCACCUCAGAAGAAGCGCAAGACGGACCAGCCCGGCAGCCAGGCAUCCACGCCGGCAGCACAAGCCGGCACUCCUGCCGCAGGUGCUGGUGCUAGUCCUGCACUGGCGAAUGGCAAGGUGCAAAGCCCUGACCAGGCUCGCAAGACUCCAGCUCAGCUCAAAGCUGAAGCUGAUAAGGCUGCGGAGCGUAAGAAGUUCCUUUGCACCGACAACACCUGUGAGGCUGCUCUGCACGGAUUCGACACCGAGGAGCAACUCAAGCAGCAUCAAGAAUCGCAGCAUCAACCAAUCGAAGACCCAUUGCAAUACCUCCUUGGCAAUGCUGCAACUGCACUUGGCGUCGAUCAGGACGGCAAGCCAUUGCCGAAGCCUCGAGCUGCUGCGUCCAAGGCCAAACCUACUCCAGCGCUCAAGGGCAAGGCAGAUCCGAAGAAGCAAGGCGCUGUCAGUGCCGAAAACAAGGCAUCCCCUCAGAAGAGUCAAUCACUCAGCGAAGCAAUGGCCCAGAAGCUUGGUCUACCGGCGAUGUCAGAGCCAGCUGUUGAGGAGACCAAGACUGACGAAGACUUCCUCGGACCCUUCAUCGAGCAUACUGAUGAUCUUACUCCCAGCGAGGGAUCUCAAAGCAGCCAGAGCAGCGAUGUCUCGCAGAACGACGCGGUCAAAUUCAACUUGUCCAUCGAAAACAUGGACGCGGACAUGCUCGGUGAUGGCAAGCAGGGUGUGCCUGAGGGCUUGAUGCCGCUGUUUGAGCAAAUGGAGAACAUCAACAUGAUGAAGGAGAGUGAAGAUACACAGAUGAGCAACACCGAGGACGACAAGGCCGACGGCGAUGCUUCGAAGAAGAGGAAGGCGCCGGAGUUGUGGCAGCCACCAGUCGCCGACUUCAUGCAGAACUUCUGGGACUUUUCGUGA